AUGGCAAAACCGAAAGUAUUCACUAAAGAGUUGAUUCUUACCGCACUUGCCACGGGUUCAGGUGUAGUUUCAUUUGGUUGGAAUACGGGCUGUCUUAAUAGCGCACAAGAAUCCAUUAAACCAUGGAUCAUUGAAUCGUAUCAUCAUCGAACAGGCAUUACACUCUCACACUAUGUACUUACGUUUAUAUGGAGUACUACUGUCGCAAUCUUUGCUAUUGGCGGUGCUAUAGGUGCUUUCGCAGCAAGUCCUGUAAGUCGUCGAUAUGGUAGACGUGGUGGUCUUCUCAGAACAAAUUUACUUGGAAUAAUUGGAGCAACUUUUAUGGCUGUAUCAAAAUUUAUUCAUUCACCUGAAUUACUGAUUAUUGGUCGUUUAGUAAUCGGUAUCGAAUGUGGUUUGUAUACUGGUCUAUGUACCAUGUAUUUGAGUGAAGUCAGUCCGAAAUCUAUCCGAGGUAUGAUUGGAUCACUCACUGGUCUUUCCGCCUAUUCGGGCCUUAUGGUAGCUGAAAUAGUUUCAACACCUAAAAUGCUCGGAACAGAUUCACGAUGGCCAUUGAUUAUGGUCAUUGCAGCUUUGCCAAGUGUGACUCAAUUUAUGCUUCUUCAAUUCUGUUACGAAAGUCCAAGAUUUUUAUUAAUGAAUCUUGACGAUGAAAAAGGUGCUCGAAUAGCAUUAAGUGCAAUACGAGAACGAUUGAAUGUUGACGAUGAAAUUGAAGAAAUGAAACAAGAAGGUGAACAUUUAAAGGGUGAAUAUCAUGUAACGCUCAGAGAAUUGUUUUCUCAAAAAAUAUAUCGAUUACCUCUUGCUGUAGCUAUUGUAGUUCAUUUUUCUAUGCGUUUUUGUGGUAUAAAUGCUAUUAUGUACUAUUCAACUGCAUUGUUUGAGCAUGCCAAUGUUGGAAGUGUGGGUCCAUAUGCCACAAUUGGCGUUGGUGUUAUACUUGUGACUAUCACAUUAGUAUCAGGAACACUCAUGGACCGAGCUGGUCGACGAACACUUCAUCUCGUUGGUCUUUUUGGCACAUGGUUAUGCAGUCUUUUACUGACAAUAACGUUUAUUCUGACACAUUAUGCAUCAGGGUUAAAGUAUCUUUCCAUUGCCUUUGUAUAUAUAUUCGUUGUAUUUUUUGCUAUUGGACCUGGUUCUGUACCAUGGGUUAUUCUUCCGGAAAUCUUUGCACAGGGUGCACGUCCAGCGGCUACAAGUGUUGCCAUUGUAACUAAUUGGAUGUCAAAUUUUGCUGUCGGACUUAUAUUUCCACUUUUAGCAGAAAAUGAUAAAAUAUCAAAUUAUUCUUUUGUUCCAUUCGCUGUAAUUACUACAUUUGCCUUUUUAUUUCUUUGGAAAUAUAUGCCUGAAACAAAAAAACGUACUUUUGAAGAGAUAACAAUGAAUUUUCGUCGAUCUCAAUAA